CCUUCCUGUUUUCCUCUGCAGUCCGGCACCAGAGUUCCCAGAGCUCCUCACCACAACAGGGGCUUGUUGCCAAAACCUCUCUGUCUUCACCCCCAUGGCCUGAAGUGAAACUUCCAGAUCCAGUGGAAGAAGCAAAGUAUCAUGCAGAGGUGGUCCAGAAGGUGAACGGGCUGAUCGCGGCCGGGCGCUACGGGCGCCUCUUCGCCGUGGUGCACUUUGCCAGCAAGCAGUGGAAAGUGACCACCGAGGACCUGAUCAUGAUGGACAACGUGCUGGAGGCGGAGUGUGGAGACCGGAUCCGCAUGGAAAAGGUUCUGCUGGUCGGUGCUGACGACUUCACGCUUAUUGGGAGGCCGCUUCUGGGGAAGGAGCUGGUGCGUGUGGAGGCCACAGUGAUCGAGAAGACAGAGUCAUGGCCGAAAAUCAACAUGCGCUUUCGGAGGAGGCGCAACUACCAAAGGACACAAAUCAUUGUGAACCCACAGACCGUCCUCCGCAUCAACACCAUCGAAAUCUUCCCCUGCUUGUCGUGA